CAAUGGAUCCUAUCUUCCUCGCGUCCGCGGUCACGACAUGGGUGCUCAACAAGCUGCUCGACAGCCUCAAAGACGCUACCAUCAAAGCGCUGCUGGGGACGGAAGGUCUCACCACGGAGGUGAAGUAUCUCGUCCACGCACUCGAUCGCGCCAACCUCAUCCUUGGCUCCUUGUCCGCCGGCGCCGCCGCCGGGGUCAAGCUCGGGAACCAGCAGCUGGGGCCGCAGAUCAUCGAGGUGCAGCACCUGGCGGUCAAGUUGGCCAAGCACAUCGAUAAGCUCCAGUACUAUGAUCUCGGGGAAAAGGUAAAGAAGAUGAACCUGAAGGACUGCAACCAGUUAACAUCCAAAAUGAUGUCCCUUGCUCUAACAGGACAAUCCAAGGGGAAAAUCAAAAAAUCUGACCUCCAAGACAUGGGGCAUACUGUGAACAGUCUACAUAAGAUCUGUGACAUUGUUCACAAUGCUCUCUUGCUGGAAAAACUUGAUAAACUGUAUGGAGCAACUCAAAAUACUAGCACAGAUGCACGUGAAACGGUAGAGAACUCCACAGAAACUGAGGAGUUCGAGAGGGAAGAGAAGGCUGGUAUUGUAAAAAUAAUUACUGCAAGUGCAUCAAGUGAUCAUGGCCUUUUGGUUCUUCCAAUUUUUGGUGAUGGAGGUGUUGGGAAGACUACACUUGCCCGACUAGUGUACCUUGACCCACAGGUGAAAGCUAAGUUUGACAUCAAGAUCUGGAUUUAUGUGUCUUCUAACUUUGAUGAGAUCAAGCUUUCACACGGAAUUCUGGAACAUAUAGCACCUGACCGGGAGUAUACAAGUACCAAAAAUCUCAAUGUGCUUCAGCUUGCUAUCAAGGGACACUUGCAAAGCAAAAGAUUUCUGCUUGUUCUGGACGACAUGUGGGAAGAGAGCCAGGGUCGCUGGGACAAUCUGCUGGCUCCACUUAGAUGUACAGAUUCCAAGGGUAAUGUGAUUUUGGUGACAACUCGAAAGUUAUCUGUUGCCAAUAUAACAGGAAAAAUGGAGAAUCAUAUCCAAUUGAAUGGUAUGGAUGCUGCUAUUUUUUGGCGCUUCUUCAAAACAUGCAUAUUUGGCUAUGAGAAAUGUAAAGGCCAAGGAAAGCUUCAGAAUAUUGGGAAGAAGAUAGCAGCCAAACUGAAUGGAAAUCCAUUAGCUGCUAAAAGUGUAGCCGCCCUCUUGAGAAGAAAUCUUAAAGAGGGUUACUGGAACAAUAUUUUAAACAGAGAUGAAUGGAAGUUACAAAAUGCAGUGGAUGACAUCAUACCAGCACUCAAGAUCAGUUACAAUCACCUCCCCUACCAUCUCCAACAGCUAUUCUCAUACUGUUCUCUGUUUUCGAAGGGUUUCAAAUUUGACAAGGAACAGCUAAUAUGUAUGUGGAUUGCUCUUGGCUUUGUCAUUGACGAAAGAAAGGAAUUGGAAGAUGCAGGAAGUGACAACUUUGAUGAUUUGGUAGACCGGAGUUUCUUUCAUAGAGAUGAACAAUAUUUCAUCGUGCAUGAUUUAAUGCAUGAUGUAGCUCAAGAAGUUGCACUACAUGAGUGCCUAAAUGUUGAUGGCUCAGAUCCUUUGAAUGUAUUCAAAUCUAUUCGUCAUGUAGGCAUCUGGACUGAGUCGGUUUACAAGGAAGAAAUUAUAGAACGUCAUAUACAGUUUGAGCAAAAGUUGGAUGCAAUUGUGAAUAAGGAUAUUCUGAAAACCUUAGAAAGUUUAAUGCUUGUGGGUGUAUAUGACGAGAACUUCUCUGAAAAGUUUGUGGGCACUCUGAAGAAGCUAAGUUAUGUCCAGAUACUUCGGUUAUCAGUAAUGCCUUUCAAUGUGGACGUUUUGCUAUCUAGUGUCGAAAAGUUCAUCCAUCUUCGCUACUUAGAACUCAGGUAUAGUUCCGACAAACACAAACCUUUGCCUGAUGCUAUUUGUAAUCUAUACCACCUAAUGGUUUUGGACAUCACCCAUUGGAGUGGCCUAAAUGAUCUACCCAAGUACAUGAGUAAUCUCUUGAACCUACGGCACCUGCUCGUUCCGGGGUCAGGAUCAUUGCACUCUAAGAUAGCCAGAGUUGGACAACUUAAGUUUCUGCAGGAGCUGAAAGAAUUUCAGGUUCAACAAGGGAGUGGCUUUGAGAUUUCCCAGAUGGAAGAACUAAAUGAGAUCAAAGGGUCGCUUAGUAUCCUUGGUCUCGAGAAUGUCAAAAACUAUGAGCAGGCCAGGAGUGCUAGCAUUGAAGGUAAAACACAUCUCAGGACACUCUUGCUCUCAUGGGGAGAAUACCGUGAUGUUCAGAACGAAGUAAUGGAGGGCCUUAAACCCAAUGUUGACCUUGCACAUCUUCAUGUGGUAAAUUAUGCUAGUGCUACUCCAACAUGGUUGGGAAAGGUUUUCUCACUGAGCAAUUUGGAAAGCCUCCAGCUCGAAGACUGUACUAGAAUGGAGACCCUUCCACCGUUUGAGGAGUUGCAAUUCCUGAAGAAAUUAUCAUUGAUCGGUAUGUCCUCUCUGAAAGAUGUCAGCAUUGACUUCAAUUAUGUGAUGUGA